AUGAGUGAUGAAGGGGUUGUCCGUGUGGAUAAGCAAGCAAGAGUGACGUUUUCUAUUCGUGGAUUCAGCGAUGAUGUGUUUUGUGACGUGUGUCGCAUGACCGCAUGUCAUCUUCUCUUGGGACGUCCUUGGCAAUUUGAUCGGCGUGUCUUGUACAAUAGGUAUAAAAAUCAAAUAUCCUUUUCUAAGGAUGCUAAGAAGCUGAGCAUUUCUUCCCUACCAUCCGAGGCCGUACGUCGUGAUGCUAAAUACUUGUGUAGAUCUAUGCGUGAUGUGGUGAAACAAAAGGGGGCUGCCACUACAGUUUCUGCGAAAUCUUCGGGGGGAGACGACAGCAAAAUAUUGCUUAGUCUCAAAGAGCUCAACAAGGAAAUUCGCCAAAACAGUAACCAAGAUGAGGGAAGUUACUUUUAUAUUCUUUUACUAAAAGAUAUACUUGUGAUAGAUUUUGAUUCAUUUGCUCACUUGUCUCCUCCUUUUGUAGACUUGCUUAAGGAGUUUGAGGAUGUCUUUCCGAAUGAUAUACCUCCUGGAUUACCAUCGUUGCAAGGCAUCAAACAUCGUAUUGAUUUUGUACCGGGUGCAUCAGUUCCUAAUAGGCCAGCUUAUAAGUGUAACCCGAAAGAAAGUGAAGAAAUUCGGAGACAAGUCCAAGGGCUUCUUGAUAAGGGAUGGGUUCGAGAGUCUUUAUCUCCAUGUGCUGUCUCUGUUCUUCUUGUUCCUAAAAAGGAUAACUCAUAG